AUGCCGUCUGAGAUUCACGAAAUAAGGGUGUGUUUGCCAUUCUCUGUUCUUGGAAAAGGUAACUACGACUCUGUAUACCUCAAGAAUGAUUCAAACUUAGAGAAAUCUUACAUGAAGAAGACAAGUACGCUCAAACAUUCCGAGAAUCUCGAGAGGGAGCUUAAGACCAUGCUUCACUUCCACGCCAAUCCCUCAAUCGUCCAAGCUUCGUGCCCUCAUCUUCACUUCAAGUUUAACACCAAAAGUGUGACUUUGUGUUACAUCUACAUGGAGUAUGCGUCCUUAGGCAAUCUCGACAAGAUGAUCUCUGAUUCCAGAGGGAGACUGCCUGAAGAUACUGUCAGACGGGCCACUCGUAUGAUCCUGCAAGGACUUAAGGCUCUCCAUUCGGAAGGUUACGUCCACUGCGACCUCAAACCCUCCAAUGUAUUUGUCUUCCCUUCCAACACUCCUGGAGAACCAUGGGAUCUCAAGCUUACUGGUUUCGGCUUAUCCAAAGAGCCUACUAUGGACUCUAGUCUAUUGUUUCCUGGAAACACCGAGUACAUGCCGCCUGAGGCCAUUGCGCCGAAAACAUUUAUUGGCCCAGAUAGAUUGAUCGGACCAGCCCGUGAUCGGAAUUCUCUGAGAGAAGAAGAUGUUAAUAGAGAUUGA